AUGAAAAUAUGAUUAUUCCUUGCUGAACUGUCGAACUGUUUAAAUUGUGUGUAGGAAUCAAUUUAAUUCUAUAAAGAAUACAUACAAUUUUAUUGUCUAUCUAUAUUAAUAUAUACCAUUUUUAUACUUAAAUUUGUUUUUCUCGAAUAGUGAAUAAUAAAAAAUGGUGUCCGGUGGAAUGGCUUGCAUUAAAUACCUGACGUUUCUUUUCAACCUAAUAUUCGCAAUAACUGGAAUUGUAUUUAUUGCUGUUGGUACUGUGAUCUUAGUAGUUUACAGUGGCUAUAAUAAUUUUAUGGACAGCUGGUUCUUUGCAGCACCAAUAUUAAUAAUUAUAGUAGGUGUUAUUGUAUUUAUUGUGUCAUUCUUUGGUUGUUGUGGUGCAGUCAAAGAAAAUCAUUGUAUGAUAAUAACGUUUUCUGUAUUACUCCUCUUAAUCUUUGCACUUGAACUUGGUGCUGGGAUUGCUGGAUAUAUGAUGCGUGGAGAUGUACAUACAAUGGUAGAAAAUCGAUUAAAUACUACUAUGAAAGAAUAUACAACCAAUGAUGAUAUUCAUAGGUCUUGGGAUAUUAUGCAACAUGAUUUACAAUGUUGUGGAAUAAUUGGUGCAAUAGACUGGACUCAUGUUGGAUUCUCAGACAAUAUUGUACCAAAUUCUUGCUGUAAAGAAGUACCAGAAGGAAAUAAAUGUGAUUCAAAUUCAAUUCAUAUACAUUCAAAUGGUUGUAUGAACAAUCUUCAGUCUGCUAUUGAGCAUAAUGCUUUGAUUUUGGGUGGUGUAGGCAUCAGUAUUGCUGUUAUUCAGUUAAUUGGUGUGAUCUUUGCAUGCUGUCUGGCACGUUCAAUUCGCCGUGAAUAUGAAACUGUCGAGACUGCAGCACACUGAUUCAACACCGAAUAGGAGGCAUUAUAACUAAAUAUUAUUCGUCGUGCAUUCAUUAAGAGAAUAAUUCUAGAGUCGUCGCAAGACCAUUUAUUUAGAAUAGCUGCAGAUUAAUCAAUAUUUAUCUGCAGUUUAGAUUAAGAAAAAAGAAAAUUAUUGGAGAAUAUAAUUCUAUGUACUGCCAUUAUCUGCCAAAUGGUUGAAACCAAAUAUCUUUUUCUUAAACUAUACUGUUUUUAAAUUGAAAUUAAAACUUAUGGCAUGAAAACAUAAAAAAGACUUAGAAAGAUCACUAUGUAUUUGACUUGAUGUUUGUUGCAAUCCAAAAUUGCAACAUUUCUCAAAAC